AAACCCCAAAAUAAAAACAACACCUUCCGCAAGAGAAAUGCUUAUGAAAAAGCCUGGAUUUGUCGAAAAAUUUAUUGCCAGCAACGAGUUCAACCCGGCCUUUUAUUUUCUGUCAGUGUGGUCCACCAAUCUUGCACCAGUCAUCAAUUUGCACAUGACGUAACCUGGGUCAACAGCUUUAGGUAUAGUCGCCGAAACUCCGGUCGAGGAUGUGGUAAAAUGUUCCGAUUGGAUGACCUCCCAAAAGCGGCUUAAAGCGCCAUUUAUUUUGGAACUUCGAGUUCACAACAUCUUGGGUGUUGUCUUGUCAGUUGGCUGUUGAUAGUUGGCGCGGUUGUAGUGGCAAGAUUCACGCGAUAGUUUCCGAUUUCCGAAGAGUGCGUUUAUUAGCAAGUUAUGAUUCUGAUUCGCGUGGGGAUUUGAGCUAUUCAGCUGGUGGAUGGAAACGUGAUAAGAGUGCUGGUUUCGCAAAGAUUUGAAACUUCGGAAUAGAGUGACCUAGAUUUAAUCGGGGCUUAGUCUCGUGUAGUAAGUGGUUCAACAUGGGUGCCUUGGAGUCAAUACUGUCCCUGGAACAACCGGAAGAGGACCGCAAACUUGGUUUGGAAACGCCAGCGCAAUACCGGGAACGAUGGAUUUCGAUAAGGAUUAUGUACUACGCAGGAUUUCUAAUCUUCCUGGCCUUCGGAAUUGUGGCGACUGGCAUUUGGCCGUACAUUUCAUCUUUGGAGCCAACGACCAGAAAAGAUUUCAUAACGUAUAUCUUCGCUACUCCGCCGUUUUGUCAGUUGCUGUUCAGUCCACUUUUUGGCUGGUGGGCCAAUGAUUCACGAUCGAUACGGAUUCCCCUGAUUAUUCUCGGGUCAACUUUCACAACGGCAUAUGUUAUCUAUGCGUUAACGGGUGAAUUUGAAUUCGAUCGGAAGUAUGUGCUGGUGUUUGCCCGGGCUUUGGCCGGAAUUGGAACCGUAACUUUGGCCAUUGCUCGAGCGUACAUUUCUACUGCUACUAGAGUCUCGGAACGUACGCGAACCAUAUCCUUCAUGUCGUUGGCCCAAAGCAUUGGGCUUUUGGUUGGACCACUUUAUCAAUCCGGCUUCUCGAAAUUGGGUGAAAUUGGGGUUCGCGUGCUCAACUUAUUGGACAUCAACAUGUACACCAUGGCUGGAUGGAUAAGUGUUAUCCAUGGUGUGAUUUACAUUGUCCUGCUGAUGCCUUGGACAUUCAACGUUCAUCCGAUUGCAAUGAAAGAAGCCAACUUGGGCCAUGGAACGAAGAUUUCCAAAAACAGCCGGAAGUCUUUGGAUCUGAACCUGUUUCCGGUUUUGAUGAUGGUUAUUUGUUUCGGUUUGAACAUGUUUAUCUACGUGGAGUUUCAGACGUAAGUUGCCUCACUCACCUCGGGUAGUUAUUGAAAUCGUUUGCUCAAAGUA